GGGUCUGGGAUAAAUUUACCUAGUAUUCAAGGAUUGCUUGAAAUUAGUCAUAGCAUUCCUCCACCGCCUCCACAAUCUCCACUACCAAAUGGUGUAAUGACCGUUGAUUCUAAUUCCCCAGGAAUGAUACACACAUCAUUUUCAUCUCCAAUGCAAUUUUAUCCUUUUGGACCUCAACUUCCGCAACCGCAAAAUCUCAUUCAACCCGGAAUUCCACCUUCCGUAACUUCAAUACCGCACCCAAUUCACCAAAUAAACUCAAACGUACAGCAACCUUCUUCAAAUUCAAGACAUUACAUUCCAAUUGCGCCGUCACCAUCACCGGGUAAUCGACCUCCCCUGCAAUCCUCCCCACAGGCAACAACCAUAUUUACUAGUUCCACAAGAUAUCCUUCGACCGAUUCGGACUAUCAUCGAUG